UUCAACCAUGCAAAAAGUGCUGCCAAAAAUGGCAAACUUCGUAGCUGGUUUAGGUGCUUACGCUGUCUAUGUGUUUUGGCCAUUUUCAGUAGUUCUUUCUUCCCCUUUAACAAAACUUGGUAGUACGUUUCAUUGUUUCUGAUUAUUCAUUCGAUAAAGUAAAAUGGAGUCAAUAAUGGAGCUGGUUGAUGUAAUAGCGGAAAAUCCAACUAUAUUCGCCGAUAAAUUAGUAUGGAUAUGCAGCAGAUGUCCUGCUGAACAACCCAGUAGGGUUUCAAGGUAUCAGCUCUAUGCAGUACUAGCUGUUGCUCCAUUUCUGUCUAAAUGCCCUAACCAUUCAAAUGAACUACUGCCGAGAUCGGUACUACUUGCUUUCUAUCGUUCAAUUCGUUCAUCUUUCGACGUACAAUUUUGGCCGCAAUCUUUUUCAAUCAACUCGAUCGGUUCCUUUUUCGAUGAUUUCUUCGAGUAUAUUUGUAGAGCUUGUGAAUUGUGUUCGGAAUUUUCUGCCGACGUAGCUGAGGUUACAUUCGGUAUUGUGACUUCAGCUACUACAACUAGAAGUGAUGUAAAUAAUGAGGGUUUGGGGAUUUCGAAGGCAGUUUUGAGGGCAAUGUGUUGUAGUUUUCCUCUUCUUUGUCCCUCCUAUGCUAACGAAUUGGUUUCGCAUCUGGUUGAGCAGCAUGAGAUGUUAGUUUAUAUGGGAGUUAGCAAUGUAGUUUUAUUAGGCGGAAGUAGUAGUGGGUGUAAUGAUGGAGGAGGAGAUGCAGAAAAACGAGCUAUUGGCUCUUUGAGCAAUGUAGUUUUAGUAGGCGGAAGUAGUAGUGGGUGUCAGGACGGAGGAGAAGAUGCAGAAAAACGAGCUAUUGGCUCAUUCAAAGAGGAGCCUGUGGAUAGCGUUGAGAAACGAGAAAUGACACUGAAAUUGAUAUUAAGUGUCCUGGAUAAAGUCUCCGUUGAUACCAAUCUAUUCGAAAGUGUUCGUUUUAUUGUAGGGCAACAUCUUCAGUCAAUGGUAGCAUUCUUAAAGAUAAGGAAGUGUGACUGGUUGGAAAAAGUGGAGUCACUGAAAGUUAAGAUCAAUGCCAUGCUUGCUGCUUAUCAAACAACAGCCAGGUUGCAGAUUAAAGUGCUUGCAUCCCUUGAUUUGAAUGGAAAAUCAUCAGUAAGAUUGAUGCAUGAGGCUCUUCAUUUUUUCAUAGAGGCUGCAGAGGCAUGUCUAUUCUCGAUGUGGUGGAAGUUGAGAGCAUGCGAAGAGCUUUUCAGCUCCUUGCUUUCUGGGAUUUUCCAUGCUGUUGUUGCCCAUGACAGUCAGAUGCUUGGCUUUCUACUCAAGCGGAUUAAGCCUCUUGUGCUGGAGACAUGUGCUCAGGAAGAAACUUUGGGCAACCAAGGGGCCUUGUUCGAAAGCGUGUUGAAGACAAUUCGUGAGAUAAUUAAGUUUGGAUUGGACAAAGAUCUGUCUCCUAUAUAUUGUUUUAUUAAAAGCAUUAUCAAAUGGACUCAUUAUGAGGAAGAGAAGGAGAAGCAGGCAGCGCCAUCCUUACAGUUGAAUGCUAUAAGGUUACUAGCGGAUCUUGAAGUUUCAAUUAAGAUGCCUGAAGCUGUGGAUAUGAUAUUGCCUUUCUUCAUUGAAAGUUUAGAGUUCAGUGAUGCAUCAGUACCAGGCUUAUUGAGACGCCAACUCCUUGAUGCUGUUGCUCGCAUGGCUAGUUUAGGUUUUAAGAAGUCCUACUGUGAAGCUGUUGUUCUGAUGACAAGGAGUUACCUAAGUAAGCUUUCUGCUGUUGUCUCGGCUGAAACUGAUACCACAGCUUUGAAGGCCACAAUAGAACGUCUUGAGACACUUCCUGCAGGCUUUCUUCUGAUUGCCAGAGACUUGACUACUCCUAAGUUGCGCACAGACUAUCGUCAUCGUUUGCUAUCCCUGUGCACCCAUGUGGGCUUGGCUGCAGUGUCUAAAAGUGGAAAGAGUGGAGCAGAUUUUCUUGGACCUCUCCUUCCUGCUGUGGCUGAGAUAUGUUCAGAUUCUGAUCCUACUGUGAAUGUUGAACCUUCACUUUUGAAAUUGUUUAGAAAUUUGUGGUUCUAUGUUGCUCUAUUUGGGUUAGCUCCUCCAUUAAAUAAUCAUCAUCAGGGCGUGACAAAGUUAGUAUCAACUACUCUAAACAGCAUUGGCAGAACGGGGGCGAUUGAACUUCAAGCAGUGAGUGGUCCAUAUAUGUGGAGUGCUGAUUGGUUCUCCGCUGUCCAACGUAUUUCUCAAGGAACCCCACCUCUUGUUGUGACCUCUGAGAAGUGGCUUGAAAAUGAGUUCGAGCUUAAUGCCCUUCAUAACCCAGGUAGUUGUCAUGGUAGUGGCAAUGAGAAAGCUGCCAUUAGCCAAAGAACUGCACUUUCUGCUGCUUUAGGAGAGUGUAUCGAAGUUUCAGCAAUGAACACAUUUUCUGCUGUCAAGUCAACUUAUCUCCUUGCGGAUGUUUUAGAGGUAACACGGUUUAGUAGCAACGGCGGUAUCCUCAGUGUGGACCCUAGUUCAACAACUUCUAGAAGUGCCUUCAGUUGUGUCUUUGAAUACUUGAAAAGUCCUGGUCUCCCGCUGGUCGUCUUCCAGUGCUUGACAGCGAUCGUUCACAGGGCCUUUGGAACAGCAGUAGCAUGGCUGGAGGAUCGGAUGUCUGAGAUUGGAAUGGAAGCAGAAUAUAGGGAAUUUACGUUAUCCACCCAUGCCAGGUUUCUUGUACAGAAUUUGUCUCAAAGGGAUGAGCAUAUACGAGAUAUCUCAGUUAACUUAUUGAAUCAAUUAAGGGAUCGCUUUCCUCAGAUUAUGUGGAAUUCUUCUUGUCUAGAUUCAUUGUUAUUCUCAGUGCACAAUGAUCCACCUUCAUCUGUAGUCGAUGAUCCUGCUUGUGUUGCUACUAUUCGCUCUUUGUACCAAAGGACUCUUCGCGAAUGGAUAAUUGUUUCACUUUCACAGGCUCCUUGUACUAGUCAGGGUCUUCUUCAGGAAAAGCUGUAUAAAACAAACACUGGGAAAAAAUCACAGCCUACUGCACAAGUUGUUUCUCUCUUAUCUGAGAUAAAAAUUGGUAUUGGUAAAAAUGAUUAUUGGACUGGAACAAGACCAGCAAAUAUUCCUGCUGUUAUGGCUGCAGCAGCUGCAGCAUCUGGAGCAACAUUAAAAUUGACAGAUUCCUUUACUUUAGAGGUGCUCAGUACUGGUAUGAUCGGUGCAACUGUGAAGUGUAUGCAUGCUGGAGAAAUUGCUGGAGUGAGAAGGUUAUAUUACAGAAUUGGUAGCCUUGAUCACCCAGCUUCGGGUCCUGGUGACAUGGUGGAACAUUUGCGGCCAGAAACUGAGUCAUUUACUGAGGUUUUACUUGCAAAGUUUGUCCGAAUGCUCCAGAAAUUUGUUAAUGAAGCAGAAAAAGGGGGAGAAGUAGAUAAGUCAUCAUUCCGUGAAACGUGUUCUCAAGCGACUGCUUUGCUCCUCUCUGAUAUGGCCUCAGAUCCUAAAUCAAAUGCAGAAAGCUUUUCUCAACUUUUAUCUCUUCUUUGCUGGUGCCCAGCUUAUAUAUUGACACCCGAUGCCAUGGAUACUGGUGUAUUUAUUUGGACGUGGUUGGUCUCAGCUGCUCCUCAAUUGUGUUCUUUGGUACUUGCUGAGCUUGUUGAUGCAUGGUUGUGGACAGUCGACACAAAACGAGGUCUUUUUGCAUCUCAAAUUAGGUGUUGUGGACCUGUGGCUAUGUUAAAACCUCACCUGGUACCCGGGGAGCCAGAAGCACCGCCUGAAAAGGAUCCUGUUGAACAAAUAAUGGCGCACAGACUAUGGCUUGGGUUCUUUAUUGAUCGUUUUGAGGUUGUUCAGCAUGAUAGUUUUCCACAGCUUCUACUUUUAGGGCGAUUGUUGCAACAAACUACCAAGCAACAUUGGAACUUUUCUUCCCACCCAGCUGCUACUGGCACUUUUUUCACCUUCAUGCUUCUUGGACUGAAAUUUUGCUCGUGCAAGUCAUGGGGUAAUUUGCAAAACCUCAGGGCUGGGCUUCAGCUUCUUGAAGACAGAAUAUAUAGGGCUUCGUUUUGGUGGUUUGCUCACCAACCUGAGUGGUAUGACUUGAAUAAGAACUUUGCCUUGAGUGAGGCGCAGUCUGUUUCAAUGUUUGUCUACCAUCUUUUGAAUGAGCAAUUAGAUACUCCCCAACUUGAUCCUAGUCUUACAAAUGAGAGGCUGUCGGCACUUGAAAUAGGAGCUCUUUGAAUGAUGUGGAAAGAUCAAUAUCAUCCUGUUUGGGGUAAAAUGGGGAGCUAUGCUGUUGGGAGGGAGAAGCGGAAACAGUUGCUUCUGAUGUUAUGCCAACAUGAAGCUGACAGACUAGAUGUCUGGGCAAAACCUACUGCCAGGGAAAGCACUUCACGUCUUAAAAUCAGCUCUGUGAAAUGGAUCGAUUUAGCUCGAACUGCCUUUUCUUUGGAUCCUCGAUUAGCUUUGUGUGUGGCUGCUAGGUUUCCUACAAAUAAUCAUCUGAAGGCCGAAGUAGAACAGUUGGUGCAAUUGCAUAUAUUGGAGAUGCGUCACAUACCUGAAGCGCUGCCAUACUUAGUCACGCCUAAAGCCAUUGAUGAAAAUUCAACACAUUUACAACAAUUCCCACACUGGGCAGCUUGUUCAAUUACACAGGCGCUGGAGUUCCUCACACUAGCAUACAAGGGUCAUCCAUGUGUCAUGGCUUAUGUUCUAAGAGUGUUGGAGUCUUACCCUCCUCAAACCGUAACCUUCUUCAUGCCUCAAUUGGUUCAGUCCCUGAGAUAUGAUGACGAUAAAUUGGUAGAAGAAUACUUGCUUAGAGCUGCUCAAAGGAGUGACAUAUUUGCCCAUAUUCUAAUAUGGAAUCUGCAGAGUGAAAAUUGUGAGCUGGAGUCGGGGAAACAUUCUUCUGCUAAGAAUAUUGCAUUUUUGGCCCAACUUCCUCUUGUGAGGCAACGAAUAAUUGACAGCUUCAAUGCAAAAGCUCGUGAUUUGUUUCAGAGAGAAUUUGAUUUCUUUGACAAGGUCACAUCUAUAUCUGGUGCUCUCUAUCCACUUUCCAAGGAGGAGCGAAGAGCUGGCAUUCGUAGGGAGUUGGAGAAAAUUGAGAUGCAAGGAGAUGAUCUCUAUCUACCUACUGCUUCUAAUAAAAUCUUGAAAGGAAUUCAGGUUGAUAGUGGAAUUCCCUUGCAAUCAGCUGCCAAAGUUCCUAUUAUGAUCACAUUUAAUGUGGCAGAUUGAGAUGGGGAUAGAAAUGACAUAAAACCCCAAGCCUGUAUAUUCAAGGUUGGGGAUGAUUGUCGGCAAGAUGUUCUUGCUUUACAAGUCAUUUCACUUUUGAAAGAUAUCUUUGAAGCUGUUAGGCUUAAUCUUUAUUUAUAUCCAUAUGGAGUUCUCCCAACUGGCCCAGAAAGAGGAAUAAUUGAGGUUGUAUCCAACUCACGGAGCAGAAGUCAGAUGGGCGAGACAACUGGUGGUGGUCUAUAUGAAAUUUUCCAACAGGACUAUGGGCCUGUUGGCUCUCCCAGUUUUGAAGCUGCUCGUGAGAACUUUAUCAUAAGCAGUGCAGGUUAUGCAGUUGCCAGCAUGUUGCUUCGACCUAAAGAUAGACAUAAUGGGAACCUUCUGAUUGACAGUGCUGGUAGGCUUGUCCAUAUUGAUUUUGGUUUUAUCCUGGAAAUUUCUCCUGGUAGAAAUAUGCGAUUUGAAAGUGCUCACUUUAAGCUGAGCCAUGAGAUGACACAAUUAAUUGAUCCAUCUGGAGAAAUGAAAAGUGAAACAUGGCACCAGUUUGUAAGCUUGUGUGUCAAGGGUUACCUUGCUGCACGUUGCCACAUGGAUGGGAUAAUUAGUACAGUUUCGAUGAUGCUACAUAGCGGAUUGCCUUGCUUUAGCAGGGGUGACCCCAUAGGAAAUCUUCGCAAGAGAUUUCAUCCCGAGAUGAGUGAACGUGAAGCCGCCAAUUACAUGAUUCAUCCAUGUAGUGAUGCGUACAACAAGUGGACGACUACUGGAUACGAUUUGAUUCAAUACAUGCAGCAGGGUAUCGAAAAAUGAGACUUGACUGCUAAAAACUGUAUUCUGUGAACCCCAUUCCAAAGGCUGGCUCCGCCCCUGAGCAGAUAUGCAAAUCUGUAGCCGCUAAUAUAUGGAAAAGGAAAUGUAUAUUAUCACAUUGGAGAAGCAUAAGUAUAUCCCAUGCCAAAUCCAGCUUGCCAGUG